UAACCUUUCUUUUUAUUAUAAUUUAAACUGUUCUUCUUCUUUGUAGAAACGGCCUGUGCGAUAUAUAAAUCUUGGUAGACAGCGCGGCUGCAGGCGGUGGAGCUGGAAUUCCCUGUGGCUUUCUGAGCUGAGAGCGUUUGUGUGGAGUGCGGCUUCCAGCCUGCAGUCUGCAUCAUGCCAGCUUUGUCAACAGGACCUGGUAGCGACACAGGUCUGUAUGAGCUGUUGGCGGCUCUGCCAGCCCAGCUGCAGCCACAUGUGGAUAGCCAGGAAGACCUAACCUUCCUCUGGGAUAUGUUUGGUGAAAAAAGCCUGCAUUCACUGGUAAAGAUUCAUGAAAAACUACACUACUACGAGAGGCAGAAUCCUGUGCCCAUCCUCCACGGUGCGGCAGCCUUGGCUGAUGAUCUGGCUGAAGAGCUUCAGAACAAGCCAUUAAAUAGUGAGAUCAGAGAGCUGUUGAAACUACUGUCAAAACCCAAUGUGAAGGCUUUGCUCUCUGUGCAUGACACUGUGGCUCAGAAGAAGUAUGAUCCAGUAUUGCCUCCUAUGCCUGAUGAUAUUGACGAUGAGGAAGACUCAGUAAAGAUCAUACGUCUGGUCAAAAAUAGAGAACCACUGGGAGCCACCAUUAAGAAAGAUGAGCAGACUGGAGCCAUUGUUGUGGCUAGAAUCAUGCGAGGAGGGGCCGCAGAUAGAAGUGGUCUUAUUCAUGUUGGUGAUGAACUUAGGGAAGUGAAUGGGAUACCAGUUGAGGAUAAAAAGCCUGAAGAAAUAAUUCGGAUUUUGGCUCAGUCUCAGGGAGCAAUUACAUUUAAGAUCAUACCCAGCAUCAAAGAGGAAACACCAUCUAAAGAAGGCAAGAUGUUUAUCAAAGCCCUCUUUGACUAUGACCCUAAUGAGGAUAAAGCAAUUCCAUGUAAGGAAGCUGGGCUUUCUUUCAAAAAGGGAGAUAUUCUUCAGAUUAUGAGCCAAGAUGAUGCAAUGUGGUGGCAAGCGAAGCAUGAAGGUGAUGCCAAUCCCAGGGCAGGCUUGAUUCCUUCGAAGCACUUCCAGGAAAGGAGGUUGGCUCUGAGACGACCAGAAAUAAUAGUUCAGCCCCUCAAUGUUUCCAACAGGAAAUCAUCUGGUUUUAGAAGAAGCUUCCGUCUUAGUAGAAAAGAUAAGAAAACAAAUAAAUCCAUGUAUGAAUGCAAGAAGAGUGAUCAGUAUGAUACAGCCGACAUACCCACAUAUGAGGAAGUGACCCCCUAUCGGCGACAGAUGAAUGAGAAGUACAGACUUGUUGUCUUGGUUGGUCCUGUAGGUGUAGGUUUGAAUGAGCUGAAACGAAGGCUGCUGAUCAGUGACACACAGCACUAUGGUGUGACAGUGCCCCACACUACCAGAGCAAGAAGAAGCCAGGAGAGUGAUGGUGUUGAAUAUAUUUUCAUUUCCAAGCAUUUGUUUGAGACAGAUGUGCAAAAUAACAAGUUUAUUGAAUAUGGUGAAUAUAAGAACAACUACUAUGGCACAAGUAUAGAUUCAAUUCGGUCUGUCCUAGCUAAAAACAAAGUUUGCUUGUUGGAUGUUCAACCUCAUACAGUGAAGCACUUAAGGACAUUAGAAUUUAAGCCCUAUGUGAUAUUUAUAAAGCCUCCAUCGAUUGAACGUUUGAGGGAGACAAGAAAAAAUGCAAAGAUUAUUUCAAGCAGAGAUGACCAGGGUGCCGCGAAGCCCUUUACAGAAGAAGACUUUCAAGAAAUGAUUAAAUCAGCACAGAUAAUGGAAAGUCAAUAUGGUCAUCUCUUUGACAAAAUUAUAGUUAAUGAUGAUCUCACCAUGGCAUUCAAAGAGCUAAAAACAACUUUUGACAAAUUGGAGACAGAGACUCAUUGGGUCCCAGUGAGCUGGUUACAUUCAUAACUAUGGGAAAUGUCCAUAAUUUUCUUUUUUGUAGAGUACAUGAUUAAAUCAGUUACCAUUUUGGUGGCAGGGUGUUUUUUUUAAGUCUAUAUCACUGUCAUAGAUGUGCAAUCUUGGUUAAAAUCUAAUGUUUUUGUUUGUACCUUUUCACAGCCUUAUUUCAAACACAGUGUUUGAGUGUAAGAUCCAAAAUUGAAAUUUCCACAGUACUGUAUUCUGAGGAAAGCUUUGAACUUUCCAUAUGUCUUUAAUACAUAUCUCUAUCUCCAA